AACGGCAACUUCCCUCAAUGGUUCUUCAGAAACUUCUUCGCCCGUAUUUCUCUGCGAAAUCCUACCUUCUUUCUCCUUAAUUCAGGGACUAUUUUUUUUCUAUUUCUUCUGGGUUUUUGUUUUUUUUAGUUUUCUGUUUCUGGGUUUUGUUCGAAUUCGAUGAUGGACGAGAAAAAAUCGGUCGGAAGUGAAGAAAAACAAGAAAAAGGAGAAACUGGGCCUCGCGAUGACGAUUCUCCAGCUCAAAGGGAUGGAGAGAUAACCGAAGAGAUGUUGCUGGGCCAACGCCAAAGGAAGGAAGGCCUUAUCUUCGGUACACCGCCGAGAACACCUGAAGACGUCCGAGAGGAUUUCAUGAGAGUAAAUGUAUCCACAGCGUCAAGCCCGAUUGCCAAAAAGGUCAACUUCUCUCCAAUGUCGAGCCCUAAAUUUGGGAAUCUCGAUGUGUCCCCGGGCCCUUCACCAUCAAGAAAUAGACCAAACUUGAAAAAUCUCCUCCCAAAGUUAAGCUUCAAGAAUCGGGCUACUAACAGCACUUUGGAUAUUGAAAAAGCUGCAACCUUGUCAAUCGGGUCUGCUUCAGAAGGGAGGGACAAGUCUUAUGUUCCGAGAACAUGGUCUCUCACUAAUCUUUUAGCUCCAAGAUUGAAGAAGACAGAAUCCCUACCUGCAACUCCAAUAGCUCACUCAAAUCCUGAUUCCAUGCAUGGGAGCUAUGCGCUCGAUCCGUUUGCUUUUAUGAGAAGAGGAUCUCAAGUGCCUAUUCAUCGUUCACGCUCUGUUCCCGCAUUCAACAAAGAUGGAAGUCUAAGGCAGUUAGGGUUUUUCCGCGUGAUUCCUACUCCAUCACAUGGAGACGAGGGGAACCUUAGAAUGAGGGCAUCAAGCAUGACUCCAGGAAGUGCUACCGAUGAGAACGAGGAUGGGGGAGAAGAUGUUCCUGAAGAGGAAGCCGUGUGCAGAAUCUGCCUGAUUGAAUUGGGAGAAGAUUCAGAAGCCUUCAAGAUGGAGUGCAUGUGCAAAGGGGAGCUAGCUCUUGCACACAAAGAGUGCACAAUUAAAUGGUUCACCAUUAAAGGGAACCGAACUUGUGAUGUGUGCAAGCAAGAGGUCCAGAAUCUUCCCGUGACCCUUCUCCGCAUGCAGAAUACUCAGGGCCGAUUUGGAGUCCCUGAUGUCGAGGUUUCUCGAUACAGUGUAUGGCAGGAUGUUCCAAUUCUCGUCAUUGUAAGCAUGCUCGCAUACUUCUGUUACCUCGAGCAGCUUCUCGUUAUGAAAAUGAAGUCAGGGGCCAUCGCCAUAUCUUUGCCCUUCUCUUGCAUCCUAGGUAUUCUCGCGUCGAUGACAUCAACAACAAUGGUGACGAAGAAGUACGUGUGGGUAUACGCAACUGCUCAGUUCUGCCUCGUCGUCAUUUUCGCACACCUUUUCUACUCGCUGGUUCACAUACAACCGGUUCUGUCGAUUCUGUUAGCCACACUGGUCGGGUUUGGAAUCACCAUGACCAGCACUACUGUUCUAAUCGAGAUUCUGAAAUGGAGGAGAAGCCGGGUACCCGAGAUAUCAGCCGAGUCCUGGAGGAGUCCGAGCCAGACUCCACCUCCGCCUCAGACAACGACGCCGACAGAUCAAAGCUUGUCGGGCGGUCACAGGCCUCGGGAAACUGAAGCCAGAGGUGCGGAACCCGUGCCCAUAUGCUAAUCUCUCGCUCUCUCCCCGUUUGCGGGUAUCAAAGACCGAAGCACAGAUCGGAUAUUCGAGAUACUCUGGUCGGUGCAUUUUAGAAAUAUGGAAACUAGGUUGGUUAUGUGGAUAAGUAGUCAUGUCAUGCUUCUUUAGUUGAUGAGUUUUUUUUUUUUUUUUUUUUUUGUAUACAGAAAUGUGAAAUGAAAA